CUCAUAGCUGCCCAAGACAACGUCCACGCGCCUUUCCCUUUCGCUAUGCUCCUCUUUAUAGCCUAAACCAUCUACGCACGCUCCAUGGAGAAACCGCCUGCUCUCUUCAUUCCCUGCCUGCCUGUCGUUUUUGUUUUAUCAAAAAGGAAACUUGUAAAGCAACGGAAACACGCAUUUUUCUCUUUCUCUUCCUAAUUCAUUCUUUCUCUCUCUCUUUCUCUCCGAAUGAGGGGCUUGAGUAUUGGUUGGGACCCAAAUCUGGACUAAACCCCAUUGCAUAACUUGAAGAAGAUAUCUACAUAUAACCCCGUUUCAUGUUCUUUUAAUGCUUCCUUUAAAGAGGGGGUUGCUCACUUUCACCAUUUAGAAGUUGCGUUUAUGGCUUUUUAACCGUUUUCUCUAAGCAUUCCUCAUAAAUCUGGAGACUUUGACCGAAUCUAGCGGCACCAAUUUGGUCAGUGACGCUGGAACCGGCCUUAAACAGAAAAUUUUCGUCACUCCUUGUGGUCAUGGAGGGAGAAAGUUCAUGGAUCAGCCAUUGCCUUGAUGACAUUUCAAAAGACAUCAGCAAGUUUGAUACAUUCUCAAGGCUUAGUGAUGACAGCAAGAAAGAUGCUACUGCAGUUUCUGUGGACUUAAUACCUGAUGACUUGUUGGAACGAAUCUUAGCUUAUCUUCCCAUUGUAAGCAUUUUCAGAGCUGGUUCUGUGUGCAAAAGAUGGCAUGACAUUGUCAGCUCACGGAGGUUUUUAUGGAACUUUUCCCAUGUCUUAUCACAGAAACCUUGGUACUUUAUGUUUACAAGCUCUGAUGAACCAGUUGGUUAUGCCUAUGACCCCAACCUCCGAAAGUGGUACGGCAUUGAUCUCCCUUGCAUCAAAACACCAAGCUGGUUUAUUUCCUCCUCUUGUGGUUUGGUUUGUCUCAUGGACAAUGACAGUAGAAGUGAGCUGUUCAUGUGCAACCCCAUCACAAGACUCUGCAAGAAGCUUGAGGAGCCUCCAGGUCUGAAAUUUUCUGAUUACAGUGCAUUGGCUAUCUCAGUGAACAGGACUUCACAUAAUUAUACUAUCUCCAUUGUAAAGUCUAAGCAAGUUCCUGGGAAUUUUUUCCAAUGGGACCUUUCGAUUCAUGUUUAUGAUUCAGAAACAAUGAUGUGGAUGACUUCUUUGACGGAGGUCUUGACAGGGUGGAGAGGCGGGGAUGAGAGUGUGAUCUGUGACGGGGUCUUAUACUUUCUAAUUUACUCAACAGGAGGUGGCAGGCCAGAAAAUCGCCAUGGUCUAAUUAUGUAUAAUCUCUCUGGCCGAUCUCCCCCACUGAUAAGGAGUGUUAUUCCAGUACCCGUCCCUCUUACGUGUGGCCGUCUGAUGAAUCUGAAGGAAAAGCUGGUGAUGGUGGGAGGAAUUGGGAGGCAAGAUCGACCUGACAUUAUCAAAGGAAUUGGGAUAUGGAUUCUUAAUGGGAAGGAUUGGCAGGAGGUUGCCAGAAUGCCCCACAAGUAUUUCCAAGGAUUCGGUGAGUUUGAUGAUGUAUUUGCUAGCAGUGGCACUGAUGACCUGAUAUACAUCCAAAGCUACGGAGCUCCAGCUCUUCUUGUUUUUGACAUGAACCUGAAACAAUGGAAAUGGUCGCAAAAGUGUCCUGUGUCGAAAAGGUUCCCACUUCAGCUCUUCACUGGUUUUUGUUUCGAACCCAGGCUUGGAAUUGCUCCAUAAGUUGUUCUUGAUUGGAUUUCAUAUUGUUGCAUUGACAAAUGCUUCCAGAAAAUUCAAAAGUUUUUCUUUUGUUUGCUCUUAUUCAGUUGGAAAUCUGUUUCUCAAGAGUUCAUACAGAAUGUAAAGCAGAUAAAAUCUCUGCUCAUUGGUGAAAAUGGGAAAAAUAUUAAUUCUUUUGCAUUGUGUCAUGCAUUACAUGGAUUUGAAUCCACUAGGACAGCUAGAUUUGUUUAGGACAGGCUGAUUUUUGUAAGUGACAGAAAGUUGUUCUCAGUCUCCAAGGAAAAUUGUGGGGAUGGUGAACUCUGUUGUUGUUUUCCUAGGUUUGGUAGAUUUGUCAUCCCUAAGUCAAAAUCUGCACUUCUUGGAGAUCUCUGCCUUUGCCAUUUUCCAGACAGCGACUUUGCUGAUGCUCAGAAGUCAGAAUGCACAUAUGGGUUCCCAUCCCAUCCUGUCCCAUGUUGCCUUCUGUCAUCUAAAUUUCAUUACAGUCUAUGAUGAGGGGACUGGUUAGGCCCUAGGAUAGGAUCCUACACCCAAGGGAAGACCAUCCAGAUUUCUCUCACCAUCUUAUCAUCGUAGUUGACCGACGAUCAUGAGUUCCGAUCAAAAAACUGAUGAAUCCGGAAGGAAGAGAAAUCAGAUGCAGGUAGGAGAAUGUUUGGGAUGAAAAGCCUUUGGGUUCAUUGAAUUAGAAUCUGUUUAGAAUUGUUGUAAAGUGU